GACUGGCUCUCGUCCUCGCAUUCUCUCUCUCACACUUUCUCACGCAAACACAAACACAAACACAACACAAACACGUAUAAUAUAAACAACUCUUUCUUUCACUUCAACACAUUUUUUCUAUAACUCUCCGCCACCCUCUCUUUCUCUUUCUCUUUCUCUCUCUCUCUCUCGGAAGCUUAGAGUUCAAUGGCGACGGUAAAUCUUUCGACUACAAUGUCACUGCUGAAUCCUGACCCCACUACUGCCAAGGCCUCUGAUCGCCUUGCUUCCUCUAGAAACUUGAGUGACUUUGUGUUCCAACCCAGAAGGAAGCGCUUUCAGAAGCAAUUCUUUUCAGUCAGAUCGAUGAAGGCCACGGAGCAGAGUCAGCAUGGCCAACUCACUUCCCAAAAUGGUCCUCUAGGAUUUGAUAAGUUGAACUCUCCAUUUGAGCUUCAGUCUAGUGAUAACACUCUUGGGCAGGAAAGGGGAACUUCAAAUUCUCUAAGAAAAACUAAGAUUGUCUGUACAAUUGGUCCAUCUUCAAGCUCACGUGAAAUGAUAUGGAAACUGGCAGAAACUGGAAUGAAUGUGGCACGUUUAAAUAUGUCACAUGGGGACCAUGCAUCACACCAGAAGACAAUAGACCUGGUAAAAGAAUACAAUGCUCAAUUUGAAGACAAGGUUAUAGCCAUAAUGCUGGACACUAAGGGUCCUGAGGUUAGAAGUGGAGAUGUACCUCAACCAAUUCAGCUUGAGGAGGGACAAGAAUUUAACUUCACUAUUAAAAGAGGAGUCAGUACAGAUGAUACUGUUAGUGUAAAUUAUGAUGACUUCGUGAAUGAUGUGGAGGUUGGAGACAUACUACUGGUUGAUGGUGGAAUGAUGUCUUUAGCUGUUAAGUCAAAGACAAAGGAUCUGGUCAAAUGUGUAGUAGUUGAUGGUGGAGAACUAAAAUCAAGGCGUCAUCUAAAUGUGCGUGGAAAAAGUGCAAAUCUGCCUUCGAUUACGGACAAAGAUUGGGAAGAUAUCAAAUUCGGGGUGGACAACCAAGUUGAUUUCUAUGCAGUCUCUUUUGUAAAGGAUGCGAGAGUGGUCCAUGAGUUGAAGGAUUACCUAAGAAAUAGCAAUGCGGAUAUUCAUGUGAUUGUCAAAAUUGAAAGUGCAGACUCAAUACCAAAUCUUCAUUCAAUAAUUUCAGCAUCUGAUGGGGCAAUGGUUGCCCGUGGAGACCUUGGAGCUGAACUUCCAAUUGAGGAAGUUCCCUUGUUGCAGGAGGACAUAAUUCGAAGGUGUCAAAGUAUGCAGAAACCGGUAAUUGUAGCGACAAACAUGCUGGAAAGUAUGAUAAAUCAUCCUACACCAACAAGGGCAGAGGUGUCUGACAUUGCAAUUGCAGUACGAGAAAGUGCUGAUGCAAUCAUGCUUUCAGGAGAAACUGCCCACGGAAAGUAUCCAUUGAAAGCUGUAAAAGUAAUGCAUACUGUGGCAUUAAGGACUGAGUCAAGUCUACCAGUUAGCACAACUCCUCCAAUUCAAUUGGGUAGCUAUAAGAGCCAUAUGGGUGAAAUGUUUGCUUUCCAUGCCACGACUAUGGCUAACACUCUCAAUACUCCUAUCAUUGUUUUCACAAGAACAGGAUCCAUGGCUGUACUUUUAAGUCAUUAUCGGCCUUCCUCAACAAUAUUUGCCUUCACAAACGACAGAGAAAGGAUUAAGCAGAGGCUGGUGCUUUAUCAUGGUGUCAUGCCCAUAUACAUGCAGUUUUCGAAUGAUGUUGAGGAGACCUUCUCCAGAGCCCUUAAGCUAUUAGUGGGUAAAGGUCUGUUGAAGGGGGGAGAGAGUGUAACUCUUGUCCAAAGUGGUGCACAACCAAUCUGGCGUGAAGAAUCGACUCACCACAUCCAAGUCCGUAAAGUCCAAGGUUGAUUUUGCACUAGUGAAGGGCCUUCUACUUCAAUAGAUCUUAUUUAGAGUAGCUCAUACUUAAAGUAUCAUUUUGAUUUUGGCUACUAACAAUCUUGUGGUUUCUUCUUCCCAGUUUGAACUACAGCUAAUUCUAAUGAGUUUGAGAACCACAAAAGUUGAGUGAUUAUUGGUAUUUCAGUGCAGAAUAUUAUUGGUAACGAAUUAAAUUGUAAAGUUUCAAAAGUAACAAAUUAAAUCUUUUUCCUCCCAAAAAAAAAAAAAAUUAAA